CUACGCAUUAAGCAUUGAACUGUGCUCGACUCAACACACUUCUCUGCACACACACUCACUCACUCACUGGAGGAGAAAGAGCAAGCAAAGAAGAGAGCAAGAACGCAACAGAGCAAGAUAUAGAUAGGACAGACAGAAGAGAGAGAGAGAGAGAGUGCUAAAGAGAAGAAAAGCGUGGUAUGGCUCAGGGGUCAGACAGUAAUGAUACAAGCUACACCAAAUCUCCAUCACCAGGACACAAACAGGGAUCAUCAGAAGACGUGAGGAAAGUGAUGAGGAGGGAGAAGAAUCGCAUCGCAGCUCAGAAGAGCAGGAUGAGACAAACACAGAAAGCAGACAGUCUGCACCUGGAGAGUGAGAAUCUGGAGAAGGAGAACACAGCUCUUAGGAAGGAAGUGAAGAGACUGACGGAGGAAGUAAAGUAUCUGACCUCGGUGCUGACCAACCACGAGCCGCUGUGUCCUGGCCUGAAUGCCACACCUACUGAACUGCUGUACAGCUCACACACACACACACCCUUCCACCAGCAUAUCAACUCUCCACAUUACCCACUCUGACCUUCCCAUACACACACACUCACUCAUUGAUGUCCCUUGGGCUUGUGUAAUUUGUUGUACCAUGUUGAGUAUGUACCCUGUGUAAUGCACAGUGACCAGCAGGGCGGUGCUGUUAUCCAAGUUAUCAAUUACUACAGGCUGAAUGUCUUCUGAUGCACUUAGAUAUCUUAACAGUUAGUUUCCACCACUUAGCGGCGCUAAAUGUGCACAUGUGAUGUGUGCUCAUAAAAGCUCACAAUAUCCAAAAUGACUCAUUAGUGGAAGUGGCAUUUCACACCCUAAGCAGUGCAAUAAAUAGGGUGUAGGAACUACAUAGAAAGUAAUUAACUAAAUCCUAAAUCGCCCCUCUAUUGGAAAUGAAGUGCACUACACAGUGUGUAGUUCAUUCAUAAAGUUGCAGUCAUGUAUUUAUGAACUCUGUAGUUCACUUCUGUACUGAUUAGGGCCCUAUAUGUUAAACAUCUUACUUCUACACCUUCGUUAGUGCACUUACUGUACAAAAGAUAUGUAUGACUGAAUCACACAAGGAAAUGUAGAGCACUGAUGAAGUUAUUUGGGACACGAAUAACUGGGGCAUGAACAACAAUAGUUACAGUAAUAAUGAUGUAGAAACACUGGAUUAUCCACAAGGUGAUUUAAAAAAGUAAAACAAAUCAAAUGUUACGAUACACAUGGGAUAAAUAUUUAAUACCAUCAUUUCCUGUGAUAUAUAUUUUUUAAUUUUUAAAUGACGUAUUGAAUGUUUAAAGUGUUUACUUCUGUCCUGAUCACACUGAAUUUCUGUCACACAUCUCACUUGAGUCUUUUUCAAUAAAAAUGCUGUAAAAGUGUCUCGUGUGCUGAGGAGGUCAGCGUGUGGUUUAAUUAAGUGUAAUCCUCAUUUAAGGAAAUCUUUCAAUAAAAAAAGUACAAAAACA